AUGGAUAUACUCGACAUCGCUGAGCGUAUCGUGAAAUAUGAGAUGCACACGUACAAUCUGUACGCUAACACGACGUUGGGACACAGCGACGAGAUACGAAUACCUAUACAGCAACAGGAUUUGUACACGUUGCCGUGUGAGAGUUUUCUCUACAUUGGAGGAAAACUCGUUACUCCUGCCAAUGAGAAUAAAGAUAACCUCGACGGAGUUAAAAUCGAUCGUAACAGAAACGUUGGAAUAACGAGCACGAUCAAAAACUAUGUAUCGCUGACGACGGAGAAGAGCAAGACGCUGAAAUACGCAUCGUGGAAUCCGGAUGGAAAUCCGUUGCUCGAUGGAAACUUUAAUUUUUGCGUUCCGCUCAAUACUCUUUUAGGAUUCUGCGAGGACUACAAACGGAUUGUAAUCAACGCUCGUCACGAACUUGUAUUGAUACGAUCGCGCAACGAUAACAAUUGUCUCGUUGGACGAGUCGGUACAAAUCCAACGAUCGAACUACUCAAGAUACAGUGGCGAAUGCCGCACGUAUCUCUGAGCGAAGUCAACAAGCUGUCUCUUCUUCGAACUUUGGAAAGCGGAAGAUAUCUGAGCGUGUGCUUCCGUUCGUGGAAUCUGUACGAAUUUCCUCUGCUGCAGAAUACAACGAAGCCUUCCUGGGCGGUCAAAGCCGCGACGCAAUUGGAAAAACCGCGAUACGUAAUCUUUGCUCUCCAAACCGGUCGAAAAAACGUACUGUCUGAAAACGCUACGCAAUUUGACGCUUGUAAACUCACCAAUGUAAGACUGCAUCUGAAUUCAGAUUUUUAUCCGUACGACGACAUGAACUUGGAUUUCGACAGAAAUCGAUACGCUAUACUGUACAACAUGUAUGCGCGUUUCCGCAAAGCUUAUUACGGAUUCGAUAAUACGUAUUUGGACAUCGAUGAAUUCUCGAAAGCCGGUCCGUUCGUAGUCAUAGAUUGUUCGCGACAAAACGACUCUGUCAAGAGCGCCACCGUUGACGUGCGAAUAGAAUUUGAUUGUAAGGAAAAUAUACCGGCCAACACCACCGCCUAUUGUCUCAUUAUACACGAUCGAAUGGUUGAAUAUAAUCCACUGAACAACAUUGUGCGCAGACUCCCUCCGAUAUACGUGAAAGGACUCGAGAAGAAAAAGUGGCUGUGCGAGAUUUUGGAAGAUGAUGUAGAGAUCGAAACGAUCGAUGUGGAUUACGAAGAUAUCGCACGCCUGACGAACUUGGAUGUAAUCGGAACCUUGCGUUGUGGGUAUCACACGAGACAUUGCGCUAUGCGGAAUGUUUGCAAAUUGUACAAGUGGUGUAUGGGCGUAUUGCCCAAUGGAUUGGGUUCGACUUGGUUAAAAGUUAUGAAACCAAUUUUGUGUUAG